CGCUGCAGUCGGAACACCCUUCAACUUUCCCCCCCGAACAGCGCACAAAGUGUCCGGCGUCGUGCCGUGCCGCGGCUGUAACGCACCUCGGAUAUCUGCACCGCGUGCCCCCCCCACCCCCCCCCACCUCCCCGCGCGCGCUCCCGCGUCAUGGCUCCGUUCGGGAAAAACUUCCUGAAAGCGCGACAGAAAAACAGGACAAAAGAGGCCGAGCCGGUGGAAGAGAAGGAGAUUCAGGUGAAGGUCGGCGGCGAGGACAAGGUCGUCUGCGGCGUGACGAAGCGCACCACGUGCGCAGAUCUGAUCCAGGCACUGCUGGAUGACCACGAGUCCGUCCCGGAGAGCAAGCGCCUGUUGCACGGGGACGCCAGGGACUUCUGUCUGGUGGAGCGGUGGAAGGGUUUCGAGCGAGCCCUGCCCCCCCUCACCAGGAUCCUCAGGCUGUGGCACGCCUGGGGCGACCAGAGGCCCAACGUCCAGUUCACGCUCGUCAAGGCCAGCGACUUCGUGCCGCAGCCCGCCAAGAAGGGCGCAAAGUGCCGGGGCGCCAAGCCGAAGCGCCGGGAGCACGGCCAGCCGCUGCCGGUGGAGAGGCAGAAGCGGGUGGUGAAGAAGGCCUUCCGGAAGCUCGAGAAGAUCCACAAGGAGGGCGGCGGCGGCGGCGAUGGCGGCGGCGGCGGCGCGGCGGGCGCGGACGAGAUCGACCGGAUGGUGCAGCUCAUCCUGAACCAGGACCACGCCAUCCGGGAGCAGAUCCGACGCAUGGCGGAGCUGGACUUGGACAUCGAGGAGUUUGAGGCGCAGAGCGAGGCGGCGCCCCACCGGGCCGGCGGGCGCGGCGACCAGCAGCUGCAGGAGUACCUGCACGCCAGCGACGGGGUCCAACAGCUGGAGCUGCAGGUCCAGAGGCACCAGGAGCUCAUCCGCCGGCUGUCCCGAGACAUCGACGCCGAGCUGAGGGCCGGGCGCUGGCCGGGCCCGGACGCCGGCGAGCUGGAGGCGCUGCGCGGCGAGGUGAAGCGCAGCCUCCUGGCCGGCGCGUCCCUCCACAGCCAAGCGGCGGAGGUGGACCAGCAGCUGAAGCACUACGAGGCCACGCUGGUCUCCAAGGACCAGGAGUGCUGGCAGCUGGCCGCCCAGCUGGGCUCGCUGCAGGUCGGGGGCGGCGGAGGCGAGGAGGAGGCGUGCGUCGCCGCCGCUGCCGCCUCGCCUCCGCCGGAGAGCGUCCCGGCGGCGGCGAAACUCAAACCCGGCGCGGGGGACGCCGCGGACACGGACUCGGACACCGGGAUCAGCUCCACGCACAGCCAGGACUCGCUGUCACCGUGUCCCGAGUUCCCGCCGCCGCUGGACACGGACGUGUGAGCGGCGCCGCCUCGACCCGCAGCUCCUCGCUCCGGACUCCAUUAGAGACGUAGAAAACGCACUUCGGCAUCUGGUUUAAGCAAAGAAACUGUGGCUUCAGCUUUUCAAGUCAAAUAUGACCCAGUAGAUGAUAGUGAGUGUCUAUAAAUAUAAAACACUCCCAUCCAAUAAAGGCAAUGAUUUAAUGAUUUUAAUAA